AUGGCUUUCAAAUAUAUCUGUUUCUUCGCAUUCCUUGCUACCAUCCAAGCUAUUGCAUUGAACCCUCACCAAGCCUAUUCAGAUGCUCCUACAGUAUCAUACUCCAGUGUAUCCACUCCACAAGGAUAUGAAGCACCAGCUUAUGCCAAAUUAGCACCGUCUGGAUCUUACGCCACUCCAGCAAUCGCCAAAUAUACAGCUCCAGUUUCAUAUUCCGCUCCAUCUUACAACAGUCCAGUUUACAAGAAACCCAUUGCCGCUGAAGAUUACUCAGCACCAGCUCACUAUCAAUUCAAUUACGCCAUUGAAGAUCCUCAUACUGGUGACAUCAAAAACCAACAAGAAACUCGUGAAGGCGACGUAGUAAAAGGAAGUUACUCCCUCGUUGAAGCUGACGGUUCAAAAAGAAUCGUAGAAUAUACAGCUGAUGCUCACAGCGGUUUCAACGCUGCUGUACACUGGCAACCAGCCGCAUACCAAGCAAAACCUGUAGCUGCCUACGCCCAGCCUACCUACAAAGUAGCUGCUCCUGCUGCCUACGCCCGGCCUACAUACAAAGUAGCUGCUCCUGCUGCCUACGCCCAACCUACCUACAAAGUAGUUGCUCCAGUUGCCCACGCUGAACCUACUUACAAAGUAUUGAAACAGGCUGCUCCUGCCUAUUACCACUGA